GCGGCUGCAGGCGGCUCGUGUGGCUGGAUCCUGCCGCAUCUGCACUGCACGAACAGACCUGAGUUUGGAGGAUGAGGUCCAACCCAAAGCAUAUGGUUCCCCCAGUGAGCAGGGACAGAAUAAUCUCCCAGUUUCCUAAGUGGUACACUCCUGAGGCGUGUCUGCAGAUCAAAGACCACUUCCACGCACAGCUCAGAACUGCCUGUCAGCAGAGCACUGGAACAGCUGGGCUGAAAAUAUCCAAAGUGGUUGUGGUUGGCGACGUCUAUGUUGGGAAAACGAGCCUCAUCCACAGGUUCUGUAGGGAUCAUUUUGAACGAGAUUACAAGGCGACCAUUGGGGUGGAUUUUGAAAUUGAACGUUUUGAAAUAGUUGGCAUACCAUAUAAUCUCCAGAUAUGGGACACAGCAGGUCAGGAAAAGUUCAAGUGCAUUGCAUCUGCUUAUUACCGAGGAGCAGAGGUUAUAAUAACAGUGUUUGAUCUAGCUAAUAUCCAGACUUUGGAUCACACCAAACAGUGGCUGGAAGAUGCUUUGAGAGAAAAUGAGCCAAAUUCCAUCUUCAUCUUUCUGGUUGGAACAAAAAAAGAUUUGGUGUCAGAUGCUGUUUGUGAAAGGACAGAGCUGGAUGCUAUCCGCUUUGCCAAUGACAUGCAGGCAGAAUACUGGUCAGUUUCAGCCAAAACAGGGGAAAAUGUCAAAGAGUUCUUUUCCCGAGUUGCUGCCUUGGCCUUUGAACAGUCCAUGAUGAGGGAGCUGGAGAAAACUACGGGGCACAUGGCUCAAAUUGGGACAGGAGACCUCAUCAGGCUGGAACAGAACCUGAUGGAAAUCUCAGAAGGCAAAGCUCAAGAAAGCUCAAGUUGCUGCUGAUUUUCAACUCUUUCUGCAAAUGCCACACUGCUCUGUAGUCCAACAUACAGCACCUGCAACAACAAAAGCUCUAAAAUCAGAAGUAAAAAUUUGCAUUUUUAGAAAUGAGGGAGAAAAAUAUUAUUCAAACUAUCUUUCUGAGGGCUCUCUUGUUGUUGAAGACUUGCUUGUGCUGGAUGGUAUUGUUACAUGAACUUUUCUCUGUGUAGUGGAAAUAUGACAUCCUUGUCUCAGCGCAAGAAGACAUUGCCAGCACCGUGUGCUCAUCUGUCUGCCAGAAAAACUUGUAGUCAAAAGUUAUGUAACUUUAUCAUGUUGGGUUUUGAUAAUUCUCUAGAAAUCUUGAUUACUGAAGUUGCAUCCUCAUGGGAACAGAAUACAAAUGGCAGUUCAGAGAAAAGGGUGCUGAGAGCGGCCUGUCAGAAUCUAAAGGGAGCAAUAUGGGAACAAAGGGCACAGAGUCUUCAACAGGUCUCAGUGGGUUCAAAUUAAGAGGGGAGAUUUAGAUUGGUUAUAAGGAAAAAGUUUUCUGCAGCAAGGGCAGUGAGGUACUGUCACAGGUUGCUCAGUGAGGUGGUGCUGCUCUGCUCCUGCAGGCAUUCAAGGUUUAAAUGUCAUCUAGCCCAAUUCAAACAGUCCUAUGAUUCUGAGCUAAAAAUAUUCUAGAUUCUCAACCAUUUAUUUCAUCUAAAAUUGUCUUCUAUGAAAAAGUGAGUGGAAAGGUGGCUUGCAGCCUUUUAAUUACUUCUAUUUUUCCGUGGCUUGUGAUGUAAGCUAGAGCAAUUACAAAUAAUGUAAUAGAGAUGUAGGAUCUUUUUUUUCUUUUUUUUUUCUCUUUUGCAAUUGAUUCUGUUGGCAAGGUCAACAAUGUAGCAUUUGGUAAAGAAGAUGAAUAUGUGGGUAUGUAAGGAGUCUGACUGUGGAAUAUCCUGACCUGCAUCUCUUUCACAGGAUGAUGAAUACACGCUCCACUGGUACUGUGUCUGAUACUGAGUGGGCACCAAAGCCACAGUCUUUGUGCUAACUGAGCUUGAAUGAGAGUAGAAAGACAUUUCAUUCUACUGCUGUGUAUAGUGCAUGCAUAUAAAACGCGUUGCAUUUCUGUGAUGCUUUUCAGAAGCAAUUUUACAAGCCAUUAGAGCCACAUGGCCAUUGCUUCAUACUGUGCUGUGAGUGCAUGAGUACUGCUAACCUCAUAUUACUGGUAG